AUGUCUCCCAAACCUGGGCGAGCGGAUGGAGCCGUCGAAUCGAAAAACGGCGCCAAGCCGAAAUCCACCGACCGCAUCGCUGCACUGUGCGGUACUGACCGUAAUGACACAAAGGAGGCGCUAACGAAGACAGCACAAGUGGAUGCUCUCGAUGAUUGCUCGGAUGGCGACGAAUGGACGCAGCUUACACAGCCUCUGACCGCCGACGAACAAAUCGCCCUGUUGCGUGCCGAGAUGCAACAACUGCGCAAGGAGGUGAACGCCCUCGCUCGCAACCAGACCAAAACCGACUCAGCACUUGCGAAGCUCGAAAAGUCCACCGAAAAGCUCAAGGACAAGAUCAAGGCGAAAAAGUCCUAG